AUGUGCGCUGAAUACAACAAACACAUGGGAUAUGUUGAUUAUUCCGAUCGAUUAUUGUCAUCCUACAAUAUAGAUCGAAGAGCUAGGAAGUGGUGGCUAAGAAUAUUUUGGUAUUUUGUUGAUCUCACGAUUAUUAAUUCUUUCAUUAUUUAUAAAAGUAAAGCCUUUCAACCUACGACUCUAAAACAAUUCAGGUUGCGGCUUGUACAACAAUUAGUGGAGCACAAAUUACCAACUAUAAAAGGUAGAAAACGUGCUAUAGAAAAUAUCAUCUCUAAGAAGUCGCAAGUUUCUCUAGAAAAAAGACUGUCUCAAUCUGCUCAUAUGCCCAUGUAUAUUACCAACAAAAGACGAUGUGCUAAUUGCAGCAACAAAAAAAAAAUGCAGAUCUCACUGGAUCUGCCAGACAUGUAA